AUGUUUCAAAUUAAUACAUCUAUAUUCAUUCUUUUGAUUGUUUUAAUAACUGUUAAUGCUGAAAUUGCAUUUACUUAUACAAAAAACAAUCAUGAAUUGCAUUACAACAUAAUAUCAAAUGAGGAUUUAGUUGUAUUAGCCUUUUCUGGAUAAUAGGUAUAACAUUUAAUUAAUAAUGAAAGGAUUUCAGAGAAUACUUAUUUUGUAGAUUAAAAGAAUGUUAAUGUGAGGAAAGAUUUGUUUAAGGAGCUCGUAGCCAUCCAAAAUUAAGUGAGCAGUAAUUAAUCUCAAAUUACUUUUGUCAAAAAAAUUAGAUGAACUUUAUAAGACCAGACACAGGAUUCUAACCAUAUGUAUGGAAGAAUACUUAAGGAAAAGAAUAAUCAAAACAUAUUGAAUAAUAAUCAAGGAUUGUUUAGGAAGUCACAUCUACAGCCUCUACUACUACUUAUACUGAUACUGAUAUGACAGCAUCUUUAUCUGUUGGAAGUAUUUUCCAAGUGAAAUGGAAGUUUAAUACUGAUGAUACUAUAGAGAUGUGUUUUAUUUUGAAUCAAAAAUCAUGGAUCGGAGUAGGCUUUGGUAGAGGGGUAAAAAAUUAUAAUAAUAAUUUUAGAUGAAGAAUGUUGAUAUGUUAACUAUUAAUAUCAUAGAUAAUUAGGCUGAAGUUAUAGAUUUAUGGUCAGUUGAAGAUGAUACUCCUCCAACUGAUACAUAAUAAGAUUUAGAAUUGAUUUCUUAUAGUAUAGCUGAUAAUUCUGUUAAAGCUAGAAUAAAAAGAAAAUUAAAUACUGGUGAUUCUUCAUAAGAUGUAGUAUUGGCUAAAGGAACUUCUUAUACUUGGAGUUAUGCAACAUCAUCUGCCUUAGUAAUGGAGGAUCAUGGUCAUGAAUUUUAAGAAUUUACUAUAACUUUAGUUGAGAAUGGAGAUACAGUAAUUUCAUAUUCAGAGAUUUUAAUGGUUUUUGUUGUGAUUUUUAAUUUAAUAUUCUGA